AUGUCGCAAAAAUCCAAGCAGAAAUCCAGGUCCAAACCCCAACUGGAGGAUUACGGAUUUUCACCGUCGCUGCAAUCUCAGCUAUUCGAGCAUUACGCUCAAUUCCGCGACGACAAACCAGCCCUUGGGCCUGUCCUUGGGCAUCCUUCGCCUUCAGAAAGACAACAACAACUUCUGGAUAAAGAAUUAGAGCUGGUGAAGCAGGAAAAAGAAAAGUUGGCGUUAGAACUGGAAGUGCUCCGUUUACGCCAAGUUAUCGGACCAGCAACACCCUCAACUACAUCGGCAGCGCCAAUGCGCGACUGGAAAGUCUGACACAAAGAAAAAGAUCAUUGACUGGCCGCACGACUUUGUCCAGAUACGUCAAUAAAUCUUGAGUUCAACUCUUUAGAUUUACCAUCUUUUGUUGCCGGUUAUUUUGCGAUGAUUCGAACCUAUGAUACGGCAUCGAACGCGCACAUGCUCGCCAUACCAGAAGGUCUUAUGGCCAAAGCCAUAAGUUACACAUGGGCAAGCGUUCGACGUUUCUAUUCCUAUUUGGCAAAGCAAGUCGAACUGCGUAGAUUGGAUUGGGAUCGCAUUACUGAAAUUCGGGACAUAGCGUCAACCUUUUUCGAGCAUUCGGAUUUACGCUCGACCCAUUCCAGGAAUCUGCUUCUUCUUUGUCUUCUUCUGGAUCUUCUUCACAAGAACUCACAGCUAAGGUUGCCAAGCGUGGAAUUACCAGGGUUCUUGUUCUUGUGAUUCCACUGCUAGUAACUACGCCUCACAUCAAAUGUGCCGAGUUUGCAAGUCAAGCGAGCACCUUAUGCUACACUGUCCCAAGCGAAAAAUGCCAACUCCCAACCAGCAAUGACUGGACAGUCAGACUAUUGGCUUAGUAGUAUAUACGGAUUAUGACACGGACUCGGACACGGAAUUGGACACGGACACGAAAACGGAACACCAUAUGUUAUCGCAACAUGAAUUUUUCUCAGCCAAUUCAUCGCGCGUGGUUGUCGCUUAUAUUCUCGCCUCGAAGUCUCCGCAACCGAAUGCCUACGGAGCCAAAAUACCCGUUUCUUUGCAACUGAACAUUUCUGUUUGGAGACAUUAUUUGACAGAUUAUGUCGACCACGUCGUCCUUGAUUUCUUGCAAUUUGGUUGGCCUAUAAACUAUACGUCCAGUGUUUUGCCUCAGCCUACUCACACCAAUCAUCAGUCAGCUCUUGCCUAUCCUGAGGAUGUCCAACAUUAUUUAUCAACUGAAUUGAGCUUCGGAGCUCUUGAUGGGCCCUUUAAAAAGAUCCUCUACCGGACGACCUUAUUACAUCCACUUUACAGACAGUCUACAAAUGUGGUUCUACUAAGCGCCGGGUCGUGA